AUGGAUCGUCUGACGCAAAUCGCCUCUGGUGCCCGGGACGCCGCCAACAUCCUCCAGACUUUGACUACGUCCCAAAAAUCCGCCUUCCUAACCGCCAUCCACACCAAACUCGCCAACGCAAAACCCCAGAUCCUGGCCGCGAACGCCAAGGACAAAUCCCUGGCUCUGCCCCAGGUGGAAGCUGGAAAGCUCUCUUCCUCACUCUACAAACGUCUUGACCUCGAGGGGCCCGGGAAGUUCGAGACGAUGCUUCAGGGGAUCAAGGAUAUUGAAGAGCUUGAGGAUCCAGUCGGGAAGGUCUUGCUUGCGAACAGGUUGGAUAAUGGAUUGGAGCUGUAUCGAGUCAGCUGUCCCGUUGGUGUGUUGCUGGUGAUUUUUGAGGCGAGACCGGAAGUGGUUGCGAAUAUUGCGGCGUUGGCGAUCAAGUCCGGGAACGCGGCGAUUUUGAAGGGUGGCAAGGAGAGUUUUCAUACGUGUGAGGCUGUGGGAAAGGCGAUCAGGGAGGCAUUGGAGGAGGUGUCCGCGACCGUGGUAGAUGGUACCAGCAGCGGCGGAAAUAAGGCGGCAAGGUGUUUGGCGGAUGCGGUGCAGAUUGUGGAAUCGAGAGAGGAUAUUGAUGGGUUGCUGAAGCAGGACAAGUAUAUUGAUCUAGUCGUUCCCAGAGGAAGCAAUGCCCUCGUCAAGUACAUCCAGUGGAACACCAGAAUCCCAGUGCUGGGUCAUGCCGACGGACUGUGCUCGACAUAUGUGGCCUCGUCUGCAAAACUCGAUCUCGCCAAAAAGGUCGUCGUCGAUGCCAAAACAACCUACCCUGCCGCCUGCAACUCGACCGAGACCCUCCUCGUCCAUUCCUCCCACCUCACCUCCGACUUCUUUGCCCAGCUUGCCAAGGCCCUUAUCGACAAUGGCGUUACCCUCAAAUGCGACCAACCAUCCCUCGCCAGUCUCCAGAACCCCUCCUCCACACUCGCAGAUAUCUUCAAGAGCAGUGAGUCCGCCGAUAAGAUCCAGCCGAGUACCGAAGAAGAUUACCACACCGAGUUCUUAGAACUCACGCUCGCCGUCAAGACCGUUGACUCUGUCGAAGAAGCCAUUAAGCACAUCAACAAUCACGGAUCCAAGCACACAGAUGCGAUCUUGACCGAGGACGAGCCAGAGGCGAAACAGUUCAUGGCCGGUGUCGAUGCUGCGGGUGUCUACUGGAAUGCGAGCACACGGUUUGCGGAUGGGUUCCGCUACGGAUUCGGAGCCGAGGUUGGCGUGAGUACCAACAAAACCCAUGCGCGUGGACCUGUUGGGUUGGAAGGCUUGGUCAUUUACAAGUAUCAGUUGCAUGGAAACGGACAUGCUACCGCAGACUACGGGACCGGAGAAGGCAAGAGACCUUUCUUGCAUGAGCGGAUAGAUCUUGACGAGAAGGAGACACUGGGUGACCUGGCACGUAAGCGACAGCGCUUGGAUUAA